AUGGCGCCCCGAGGUCGUCAGACCACUACAGCGCGGAAUGCGACCCGCAAGGCGAGCGCUGCGUCAAGAGGUGGCAUCUCUAAGCGUAAGGCUGGUGGUCGCAUGGAUGGCGAUGGUGACUUGGACAUGGACAGCGCCGGUCGACGCUCGAAGCGGCCUGCAAAUGCAGACUCGAAGCCCACCAGGUCUAGUACCCGGCUCUCGACCACAAACCCACGUGGCGCUUCGCGGAACGCUCAGAACGUCCUGAAGCACCUGAGCAAUGGCUCAGCUUCGUCUCUUGCCUCUCGCAUUUCUAGCGUAUCUUCCGGCAGAGGCCCCAAGACACGGUCACAGGACAUGACUGGUCUCAAGAUGGUGCGAGUUGGUGGCUUGAAGGAGAGCAAGGCUGCGAGCAACCCCGGUGGCGGGCUCAACGAUCUUCUCGGCUUCCUGGAGCGCAAGGCUUCAUCACUCCGCACCGGAUCAAAGCGAAAGGUCGCAAUCAGAAAGAGCCACUAUGUCGGCGACUACGUCUACGUAGGAGCGACCGAGGAGGACGUGGAGGAACUAAUUAAGCUCAACACCUUCACCUUUGCCGGCGCACAAUUGGAGGUCAUCCGCGUGGAUGAAAUACCCGAUCGCGGCAGCAGAGUCGAAUCCAAGGAAACCCAAGAGCUUCGAGCCAAGCUCCAGGAAAUUCUCAGCCAGAGAUACAUUGGCGCGAACAAGUUGCUAAAGCUCGACGCCCUUGCUGCGGAUCCAAUCCUCGUCGCCCUAGGCAUGUUCGACACCCGUGAGCGAGCUCUCAAGACGCUCAAAGGACUCAUGGCCAUCUGCGACGGACUCUUUAAGACGGAGAAGGAUAAGCGCGAUGCCAUCGAGAGCAUCAGCCUCGCCAACAACAACAUCGACGACGUCGCUCAGGUAGAGGUGGUGGCUACAACAUUCCCGCACCUCAAGAACCUCGACAUGAGUGGCAACCAGGUGGCCAACAUGCAAGCUUUCCAGCCAUUCAAGGGAAAGUUCAAGCACCUCGAGACCAUCUACGUUACUGGCAACCCUAUUGAGAUGGCAGACCCCACCUUCGCAGCCACUCUCCUUGAGUGGUUCCCCAAGCUGCAAAUCAUCAACGGCAACCAGCUGCGCACACCCGAACAAAUUGCUGAAAAGGAGGCCGCCUCAAGACCCAAGCCGAUCCCUCAGAACGGCCCUGACUUCCGAGAUGUCGGAGGCGUUGGCGAGAACUUCCUCCUGGAGUUCUUUGCCUGCUACGACAACGACCGGCCUGGCCUGGCAUCUCGAUUCUACGACGAGGACAGUCAGUUCUCUGUCUCCAUCAGCACCCACUCAGCCCGGGACCCCGACGCACCUGCCCCUAUGCCAUGGGGAUCAUACAUCAAGCUCUCCCGAAACUUGACCAAGAUCAACCACCAGAACGCCCGUGUGCAGCGAUUGUUCCGAGGUGCCAACAGCAUCCAAGACGCCUGGAAGACUCUCCCACUCACCCGACAUCCCGACAUCAAGCAGGAGUUGACCAAGUACAUCAUGGAUUGCCAUCCUCUGCAGGGUCUUGCGGACCCCAGUGGUCAGAGCCCUGGAGGCGUUGACGGUCUCAUCAUUACGGUACAUGGCGAGUUUGAGGAGCAGGAUCCAGGCACCAACGCGACUGGGAAGCGCAGCUUUUCCCGUGUCUUCGUUCUUGGACCUGCCAAGCCGGGUAGGGGAGUCAUCCGUGUGGUCAGUGACAUGCUGUCUCUUAGAGCGUACAGCGCGCUUCCCAACGUCUUUGCGGCUCCCACUCCCCCUCCCGCCGCGGCCGACCAGCACCAGGCGAUGAUCGCCGAGCUUUCAAAGCAAACCGGCAUGACGCCUCAGUACUCGGAGAUGUGUCUCACCCAGGUCAACUGGGAAUUCGAUAAGGCUUUGGUGAUUUUCAACGAGAAGAAGGCCCAACUUCCACCAGAGGCCUUUGCCACGAUGGCCAGCUCAUAG